AUGGCCCCUUUUAUAGCGGACAUUAUAAGCACAUCUUUUUCAUCUGGAGUGGUGCCAAGUAUUCUAAAGCAGGCGGUGGUUAUACCACUGCUGAAGAAAUCUAACUUGCCGCGCUCUGUGCUCAGUAACAAUCGACUCAUUUCCACCUUACCGUUCCUUGCUAAGAUCAUGGAAACAGCAGUGGUAUGGCAGUAUCAGCCUCACUUGGAAUCUAACAACAAUUUCGAUGACCUCCAGUCAGGAUUCCGACCUGGCAGAGGCCCUGAAACAGCCUUGGUUAAAGUCCAGGAUGAUCUCCUCUGGUCUUUGGCUAGGAAUGACACCUCUGCCUUAGUACUUCUGGAUCUGUCUGCAGCUUUCGAUACCAUCGAUCACACCAGAAAGUUGGAAAGACUAGGGACUGUGGCUGGCACUGAUGGUACUGCUUUGGGUGGCCUCUUUUCUGCAGGAGAGAGUUCAGCGGGAACCAUGAUUGCCCUAGUAAGAUGCCCGACUGGCCUGACUCUUUUAAACCGAGUCCGGCACCAGUCUCCAAGGUCAGGGACCUGGGGGUCAUCCUUGAUUGCAUUGCGUAGCCAGGAAAAUCAAGUGUACACAAUACGGACUCUUGGACCUUCACCCAAGUGGAACGGAGAUCAUGGAGAUGCUCAUCUAAUGCAAGAAUUCCUUGAAGAACAAAUGUACAGGCAACAUGGAUGGCUGGAACCCAUUAUUCACCACAAAUGGAGACAAUCGGGAAGCGCCAAUGAGCAAACUCCACCCAAGGACUUGGCUGAGAAAGAAAACACAGGAGAAAAUGCUCUUGAAGCUCUGAAGGCAAAUUUCUACUGUGAGCUGUGCGACAAGCAAUAUUACAAGCACCAGGAAUUUGAUAACCACAUUAAUUCCUAUGAUCACGCACACAAACAGAGACUGAAAGAACUCAAACAAAGGGAAUUCUCUCGAAAUGUUGCAUCAAAAUACAGGCGAAAUGAACGAAAACAAAAUAAAUAUCUUCAGAGGCUCCACAGACUGCAGGAUCAUAAGAGACAAACAAACUGUGCUCCAGGAAGUGGUCCUAUGUUCAAAUCAACCACAGUUACUGUUCAUGAUCAUGUCAACGGCAAUCUUCAAAGUACCAUUGUCCAUUCUUUAGAAAGAGAAACUCCGCAGAUUGCCUCCAUCACAAACCUUCAUAACAGCACAAAUAUGGCAUCCAUACUUUUAUCAAGCUCAGAAAGCUCAGAAAACAGCAGCCAAAACUUUCACAAUCAGAUUCAAAAAGACAAAAAACAGAAAAUAAGCUUCUCUUUUACGUUUCGAAAAAGGACUCCCAUUAAACUUGAAGCGUCGGCUGCUGUAUUCUAUGACUUCAAUGAAGACAUUUCAGGUGCUCAUGGGUUAACAAAGAGAAGCAGAUUUCUCCCGGCUUCAUUUAGUGUUCAAUCGUCUUUGCCAAUAGAAGGAUCUUCAUGCCCAAAUGACGAUCAAAAAUCUAUAUCAGCUUGUGAAAAACAAUCACCUAGAAGAAGACAUGCUUCCCAGGACACAAAUCAGAAAGAAAUGGAUGAAACAGAGUUAACAACAUUUUCAGCUUCUGAUGUUUGCAAUUUAAAAGUGCCUUUAGACCACAAUGUCCACACACAACCAGUAAAUUCAGAUAUAUUUCUUCAGUCAAAUGAAAAAGGAGGCGAAUAUACUUCUGAAAAUGAGGAAUUGGCUGUAGAAUGGUACAAAUCCAAGGCGGGUGAAGGAACACACGUACAUUGCGAUGAGCACAGUUUUCUGGUUCAGUCUGUGGAAGACACCAUGCAGAAAGAGGAAAGCACAGUAUGUGAUCUAUCAUGUGACAGUAGUAAAUGUAACAAAGAUCCAACAGACGGCUUAUCUAUUGACGAUGGAACACUAGAAAAAAAGAAUAUGUCCCCUAAAAGGCCAAACAAGGACUUUAUACCAGUGCAAAGCAAAAAUGGUUCCAAAAUGUUCCAAUGGCCUUCUGAAAUGAUGAUGUACACCUGCACACAGCCAUCCAUCUCCUAUAGCUGCAAUCCUCUACAUUUUGAUUUCCGGCUUUCAAAAGGUAAAAAAGGACAGGCAGCUUGCCCAGACAACAGUCUGCCAAACCAGACGGAUUAUUGCAGUAACAGUUCCAGUACCGAAUAUAAUACACAAUUAGACUACAACUCUUUUACAAAGAAAGAUGGGAACGAUGCAUGUCAGCAAAUACCUAAGACUCAGAACAGUUUGAAAUGCUAUAAUCUAAUUUGCAGCUUUAAAGCAGAUCAAAAGCACAACAUUUCAAAGUAUCUUCUGGACAAAGAUGUUGACUCAAACAUGAACCAGAGAAGCAAAAGUAAUAGAAGAUCUUCUACAAGAAAAAGAAGGCAUAGAGACUGCAAAUGUAGAGAACGUGUAAGAUCAUCCAAAUGCAAGCACAGGCAAAAGUGUCAUACAAAUAGAAAUUGUCAAAGUUUCUCAAAAAAUUUCGAACAACAUGUGCAAUCAAAAGACUCACUUUACUCAUUAAAAAACUUGACAUUUCCUCAUCAACUGUCACAUGCUGAGAACGAUCACAGAGAAUCGGAAUUGUUAAGAACACCAACUCUACAGAUCAAACAAGAAUGUCUGGCUUGGAAAGCUAAUCAUAAAAGAACAUUCGCCAAUCAAACAGAAAACAAACACAGCAAGAACACAGGCUCUUUCAACUACCAAUCAAAUCUCUUACAACUUGAUCACUGCUCUCAAAACAUUGCAUAUUCUCAAACAUUUUGUAGCUGGAGUUCAGACAAAAUUGGCUCUAAUGAUGAAAAACAUGAAACCUUUUUAAAGCAAAGCUGCACUUUCAAAAGACUACGCCGAUCUGUUACAGAUGAGAUUGAGUUGUCCUUUAAAAGACCCAGGCUAUGUAAAUCUUCCUUAUCUUUCCAAGGGGUCAUUUUUCCAGAAGAAAGCUUUUCCAUUUUAUGUAAAUCUAUACAAAUAAGAGAGACUCAGGUAGUAAAAGACACCUUUGGUAGGAUUCCAGGCAAACAAAUGCCUAGCAAAGAGAAACCUGAUUUGGUAAAAAUAAGGGAAUUUCCAUCUGACAAUUUCUGUAAAUUAGAAGAGGAGUCGCUAAGAACAAAGCAGCUUCUUAAAAAAAUAGAAAAGAUAAAAAAGGUGGUAGAAAGCAGAUUAGACCAGUUAUGUAAAAGUCUUAUAGAACUUAAAGGAAAUGAAGAAAGUCCACUUUGUUGUACUGAAAAUGUUCACAAUGUCACAAGCAAAGUCAAGUGCACAGUGGAAAACAGUAUAAUGCCUCCAACAGUAGUCGAUAAUAGCAGUGAACAACAUGGAACCCACCAACCGGGUUGUAAUAAUCUUGAGGAGGAAUCCCAAACUCCAAUAUCAUGGGAUAUAUUAGAUGGACAAACUUGUCAAGAGCCAAAGAAAAAUUAUAUGCAAACGAAACCACAGACUAAUAAAAGCCAAUUAUCAAAGUACAAAGAAUCACACGAGGAUCCCAAAACAUGUACAAAUGAGCAGUUAAUGUCCCAUGUCACCUUACCUUGCCAACAAACACAUCUUCCAGAAAUAUAUUUAAAGAAACAGAAUUAUCAUUGCAACAGAUACGGAAACCCAGUACAAUCCAACACACACCCAAAUAUGUUUAAAUUUGUUUUUCCUACAUCAGCAAUCCAAACCUGCCCUUCAACCUAUCCAGUGCAGAUAGAGGCACCUGUUUUUUCUGGAUCUAUAGCUGCCUUACAGCAUAGCAUACCACAGCAUCUGGCAGCUCCUUUUCCCUCCAUCUCAGUUGAAAAUGUCACAUUUAUUGGUUCUCAGCAGCAAUUUUUAUGUCCACAGACUCAUGGGAUUUCCAGAACUCCUUUUUACCAAUUUGCGAUGGAACCUGCAUCUAUAUCCCAAGUACCCAUUCCAGCAAAUUCUAUGUUAUGUCAUUUUCCUGUGCCUCUUCCACAUGUGUCACAUCCGAUUUUCACAUCUGUUCAUUCCCAGCUACCAUCUCUUAUUCCUUUACAUCCUCUUUUUUAAGAAAAAUAAUAUAUAACUUGAAGCCUAACUCCAGACGUUUUUUAGUUUUGGUUAGAGUAAUGAUGACUUAAAACUUUUAACUGCUGUAGGUGGAAAUCUCUCACUUCCGGGACAGGAAGGUGCAAACAGCAAUGAAACAAUGUCAGACGGUCUAACUCUUCUCUAUUUAACUAAAAAUAUAUUUUUUCUGUGUUUGCAUUUGAGAGAUUUUUAAGCAGUUUCUGUACUCUUCUCAGCAGAAAAGCAAUAAAAAUGAAAUAGAAAAAA